AUGGAUAGAUAUGACCCAACGAUUGACUAUGAAACUAUACGAUGGAUAAAGAAUUAUGAAGUACCUGAAACAAAUCGCCCUUUAUAUAUGCUAUUAAAUACAAAUUCAAUUUGGCAAAUGUCAAGAAUCGAAAGGAAAAAACUUCAUGAUUAUUGGCGUGACAAAAUUCAUGAAAAAUUUAUAGAAAGAUUAUCCAAAUUAAAAUAUAAGCAUGAUCAAAAACGUGAGGAAUUGAAUAAACUUUAUGAUGAAGGGCGUCGUCAGACAUUAAAAAAUUGUGAUGUUAUUGGUAUGACCACAAAUGGCGCAGCUAAAUUUCAAAACCUAAUUAGAUCUAUUGGUCCUAAAAUUAUCGUAUGUGAAGAGGCCGGAGAAGUACUUGAAGCUCAUAUCCUAAGUGCGUUAACCCCUGCAACACAACAUAUCAUAUUGAUUGGAGAUCCAAAUCAACUCCGACCACGAAUUGCUACUUAUUCUCUCAGUAUGGAAUCAAAAGAAGGAAAAAAUUAUCAAUUGGAUAAAUCAUUGUUUGAAAGGUUAGUAAGUGGUGAUAAAGCAGCAAAGAUUGGGAAGGUUCAACUUUUAACUCAGAGACGCAUGAGAAAAAAUGAAAUUUCUGAUCUAGUUAGAUACACGCUUUAUCCAGAUUUAAUUGAUGGUGAGAAUACUGCGAAGUAUUCGAACAUUCGCGGAUCUAAACAUAAUGUAUAUUUUAUCGAUCAUAAAUUUCCAGAAGAUGAUACUGGUGGUGAUUUUGCAACGCAAUCUCAUGUGAAUCAAUAUGAAGUCAAAAUGGUAGUGGAGAUGGUAAAAUAUUUUGUUAGGAAUGGAUAUACUAAACCUGAAGAUAUAGCCGUACUUACUCCUUAUUUAGGGCAAAUGAUGAAAAUCAAAGAAGCUUUAGACGAAUCAUUUGUUGUAGUCAUUGAUGAGAGAGAUGCACAAAGUCUUGCUGAAAUGGAACAAGAUGAUGGUAAAGUUGAUAAUAAUGGAAAGGGUGAAGAAGCAAACAUAGUCAUUAUUUCUUUAGUUCGUAAUUAUGCUGGAUUUGGUAAACGUGAUACGAUUGGAUUUUUAAAAAGUAAAAACCGAAGUAAUGUGCUACUGUCACGUGCUCGAGAAGGAAUGUACCUUAUUGGUAAUUCUAAAUUAAUGGCAGCACAAUCAAAGAAUAUGUGGACUCUGGUGAUUAACAUGUUACAAUCGCGAGAUCCCCCACAAAUUGGUUUUGGUUUUCCAAUUGUAUGCAAUAAACAUCCUAAUUACAAAAAUAUUAUUGAUGAUCCUGAACAAUUCGCAAAAGUUAGUCCGGAUGGUGGAUGCCUGAAGAGAUGUCGUAUCCUACUUCCCUGUGGACACCGGUGCACUUAUAAGUGUCAUUCAGAUGAUCCUGAACAUAUCGGAAUUCAAUGUCUUAACCCUUGUAAAAGAUUACGUGAAACAUGUAAUCAUCCAUGUCCAAGACUGUGUUUUGAAAGUUGCGGAAAUUGCAAUGUUCCAAUAGAUGAUAUUAUCUUAACUGGCUGUGGACAUACGGUAAAGAAUGCUACAUGUUGGCAAAAUCAUAAUAAAGAUAUCGUCAAAUGUAUGACAUAUGUUCUAAAGCGAUUUCCUAUUUGUGGACAUUCAAAAGUCAUUCACUGCUAUGAAUCUAUUGAUGAUGUUCGAUGUGAAAGUUUAUGCGGAAAAUCUUUGGAAUGUAAUCAUAAAUGCUUAAAUGAAUGUUUCAAAUGUCAGGAACUUUCGAAAUCACAAGAUAACCCCCCGUCGAACGAGCAAAACAUAUAA